AUGGAGAACUCACAUAAGAACGGAACUUUGACUGAUAUUCUUGAGCCCAAAGAAGCCGUAGAUGCGGUCGCAAAGUAUGCACCGCCUCAGGAUCACAGCAAUGGACGACGUGGCGCACACAACGAGGGUCUUUGCGAAGAUUGCGCCGUCUUGGAUUUGGGUGUACACUGCUUCAAAGUUCAACCUGGCUCCACAAAGCCUGCAGGCAAACCGGUACAAGAUCAGCCAGCGGCAAUCCGCUCGUACACAACACCCCAUCAUCUUGGAAGCCUGAGUGAUAUUCGGAAUCGAUCAUCGGAAUGCGAGAUGUGCGCUUUGAUCAUAGACUCGGUGGAGGAAGCAGGGACUCAAAACCCGACCGGUGACGUCUUGGACGCAGCUGCAGAGCAUGCGCUUGAGAAUGCCAAAUGCUCCAUCAGCUGGGAGAUUGACGGUCGUGAGGCGUCCAGGUCCAAGAGCCGCGGCCACAACCCAGCGAAUACAGUCCGGGGGAUAACCAGACGCGUGCACAUUCGAUGGGACCACCCCCGGCUUUCAGACGCUUACCUGGUCUACGUUGCACCAGAGAGAUUCGCAAGGACGGCGUCCGAUGCUGACCGUGUCUGGGCCAAGGACUCGCUUUUCUUGGGGCGCAAGAUUACCGAAGAUAUCGAGAACCAAGCUCUGAUCCGAUCAUGGCUAGAUCUUUGUCAAAAAUCACAUCGGGGCCCGUGUCGUCAAAAUAAGGACGAAGGUGUUGAACGCUUUGUCGAGAUGGUGUCGCACUCUUACUUCGGUGUCAUCGACGUACAGAACAUGCAACUCACCCAGCUACCUUGCAAGUCUCGAGAGAGAUCUCGCGAUGGUAGAGAACGAAGGUAUGCAUGGGGAACAGAUAUGCAUGAGCCAUAUGUUGCACUUAGCUACGUAUGGGGAACCGACGAGACGGCAUACACAACUUUGACGGACAAUGUCAUGCUUCACCGUAUGCAUGGUGGACUUGAAGAUGUUCUUCUCCGACUGCCGAAGGCUAUCCAGGACGCAAUCGACCUCGUCCGCAGACUUGGCUUUAAAUACAUGUGGAUAGACCGACUUUGCAUUGUCCAGAAUAGCUCGCGAUCCUGGAAGCUCAAUGCAUUUAACAUGGACCUUAUUUACGGCAACGCAGCACUUACUAUAUGUGCGGCGGAUGGAGAUGCAUCGAUCGGGUUGAGGGCCAUGCGACCAAGUACUCGCAACACCAAACAGUACAAGCGCAUGAUCAACCCUCAUCUUGAACUAAUGGUCACACGCCCACCCGAGAUCUACAUUCGCUCCUCGGAAUGGAACGAGCGGGCCUGGACAUUUCAAGAGCGGCUCCUCUCUCGCCGCUGCCUGAUCUUCACUAACGGAAGAGUGUACUUCCAAUGUCGAUCGACUGGCAUGUCGGAGGACAUCUUUGGAGACCAAAAGGGAGCGGGUUGGUCGUUGGACCUGGUCGAUGCGCCUAUGCAAAUGUUCCGACAACUUGACGACCGUGCAUUCUGGGUGUACAUGAAGUGCGUCGAGCUCUACACCGAGAGAAAGCUGACUCAAGCCAAAGAUAUCCAGGCAGCUUUCAGUGGUAUGGCUAACAUGAUGGAGGAACGCAUGAAUGCGCCUUUCAUACAUGGACUUCCUAGUUCCCACUUUGAUCUGGCUCUUCUUUGGGAACCCGUUAGUGAUCAACGCAGGAAGGUCACUCGGGAAGGCGCGCUGUUCGGCGCUGGACCAGUGGUUUCCGAAGGCCUCGUCUCAGCCCCGGCGCCGGUUCACACCGCAGACUUCUUCGAUAUGUUCUUCGAGGAUAACGAAAAAGAAUUUAGUAUCACACUGCGAGAUUAUCCGUACCGCGUCGUGAAGGCUCCCUUCGAACCGAAGCCUGAGACGUCCGAAUUCCCUCUGCUUCCGAUUCUGCAGUUCCGUACAUGGCACACCUGGCUGUACAUCAAACAUAACGGCCCAUCGGAGCGGCAGUUUCAUGACCGCAAGCUUCUUAGCAUGGGCACGGAAAGUGGUCUGGCGCGAUAUCAUAUUGCAGAUGAGAUGGGCGAUUGGUGUGGCUCAGUGGUUUUGGAAGCUGAAUGGGCAGCCAAAGCGAGCGACAAGCAAGAGUUUAUCGCCAUCUCCGAAGCGAAGAGUUUUACGCGUGAUGAGUGCCCAGAGUGGACAUACUACAUCCCCAAAGAGAGAGAGCAAAGCGAGUGGGACUUGUUCUACGUCCUUCUGAUUGAGAGAAAAGAUGAAAAGUGGGAGAGAGUCGGUGUCGGAAAGGUUUUCAAGGAGGCCUUCCACAAUUCGAAGCAAAAGGAGAUCAUGCUUAGUUGA